AUGCUCACAGGCUUCGACCACACCGACAGCGAUGGGGGCCCCUGCUGUUCGCCCUCUUGUGAUGGGGGGCCCGCUCAAGAGAAGGAGGGCCUGCGGGACUUUCUGUGGCCGGAUGAAGGAGGGGCCCCCCAGAGCGCCUCAAAGAGCUCCCCGGGCGCACCUGCAGAUAGCGGUAUCUCUGCAUUCAGUGGUGGGAUGUCUGAGAGACGGUUGGAAGGCGGCCUUUCUCAAGGAAAAGGCUCCCCUACGUGGCAGCAGCUUGUGGCGUGGCAUCGUGUCAUGACCCAGCAAAUGGCGGAGGGGCCUCCCAUAUGGGAAGGCCCUGCGAGUUCCCGCUCUUUGGGGGCCCCCUUGGCGGUGUCGGACUCCGCCGUUUUCUCGUCUCCUACGAGCAGCCUGGCGGGCGAUGAGCCAACGAGCCAGGGGCCUCCCGAUCCGCAGCAGCGGGCCUUAGGAUUUGAUGCCGCGCUGGCCGCUAAGAAGGGCACCUCCCCGCUGAUUCGCAGAGAGACCCUUCUCGGCUUUGGUGAGGGGCCCCUUACCCACGAGAUCAGCAUUAACCCCCUUGUAUCCAAUGCUCCUAAUGCGUGUACUCUAGUGUCACCUGGAACGUGGCCAUCUCCAACGGGAGCCUUGCGCGGCAGACUCCCCCCCGGGCACCCCAUGGGGGAGGCCCCUUGUGGGGGGGGGCCCUCCGAACUAGGACCCUUCUUGCUGCAACAGGGAGAUCUGCUCCCUUCCAACAGCCUUGACAGCAGUAGUGAGUUUGCAGGCGGCGUCGAAUUGAGACGAGUGCGUACAGUAGGAGGGGCCCCCCCCCAGCAGCCAGCGGUCUCAUCCAAAAAGAAGUGGCGCCAAGCCGUGCGCUCUGCCAGCGGGAGUAGCGGCUUGCUGCAGCCACCAGACGACCGUCGGCCACGAGCGAGGGCAGUUUGCAACCAUGGCGAUCAGAGUGCCGCUGCUGCUGCUGCUGCUGCUGUCGAAAAUAGUUCCGGAUCGCCUACCCGUUGCAGCAGCAGCAACAACAGCAUGCAACAACCGCUGCCCCAGCAGGAAUACGCGUCGACUAUUGGAAGACUCAGGCGCUUGUGGCACUUUUUUUCUGGGGGAGGGGCCCAUUACCCAAAUCAUCGAUGCACCACUGGAAUAUCCAUGGCGCCCUCUGAAGGGCCUCCUUCAUGGAAUCUUUUUCGUGGCCAUUCCCUCCCGGCUGCUACGGGCGAACAGCAGCAGCAGCAUCAGCAGCAUCAGCAGCAGCAGCGAUCGAGGCGCUCUAUGAUCGCCCCUGCAAUGCUGCGGCCUCCGAUUGCUUGCAGAGAGAAACGCCAUCAACAAGACAGGGAGCAUCCGCAGCGUCAGAGGCAACUUCGCCAGGAGAAGAUAGCUGAGUUUUUCUCACCGAGGCCGAAUAUCGACAACGACCUCAGCCCAGGAGAGCAUGCAGAUGGUGCUGCAGCAGGAAGACAUGCAGGGUGGCGAGCUAUGUCUCCUGCCUCUUCCGCUUUAUCUGCGGCCGACAGUGGGGGCCUCCUAGAUAGGGGCCCCCCGGGAGACCACGAAUUUCUGUCUCCUCUGACGUGCAGUCCCCUUGGGCUCAGUCCCAAAGCAGUCAAAACACAGCAGCUAGAGCAGAAGCAGCAGCUAGAGCAGAAGCAGCAGCAAGAGCAGAAUCAGCAGCAAGAGCAGAAGCAGCAGCAAGAGCAGAAUCAGCAGCAAGAGCUGAAGCAGGAGCUAGAGCAGAAUCAGCAGCAAGAGCAGAAUCAGCAGCUAGAGCUGAAGCAGCAGCUAGAGCAGAAGCAGCAGCUAGAGCAGAAUCAGCAGCAAGAG